UGAACCAAUCACAGAGGAGGGAGACGGAGAGACUGAGCAUCUGCCCAGUGAGGACGAGUGGGAGGCAGUGGCUAUGUUUGACUACACGGCGAGAUCUCCAGCAGAGCUGUCCUUCAAACAGGGAGAGCUUCUCAUCCUUCACAGCAAGGCCUCCUGUGAUUGGUGGAGAGGGGAAGUAGGAGGGGUUAAAGGUCUCAUCCCUCACAAGUACAUCAGCGUGCUGGAUGGGUCAGAGCGAGGGAAAAGAGAAGAUGGAGGAGGAGGAGGAGGAGGAGGAGGCAGCACUGGAAACCUGACAGUAGAAGAUCCACAGACGGAGAACACAACUCGGAUGCGGGUGAACAGCGACAGUGCUUCGUUGCCGGGGAGACAGAGAGGAAGUGAGGGGAGCCCCAAUCGAAAGCCGCCAACCUCUCCAGCCACACGACACCUGCCAGU